CUACUUAUAUGAACAAAAUUUUAUUUAGUGCCUGAUUAACUGAACUUCAAUCGUGAUUCUAUUAUCUUAAUAGUUGCUAAAUGUUACUCUGAUUAUAUAAUGCCUAACAUGUAUUUGUUUAUUUAUAUUUAGCCAAAUGAUUUUUCUCAAUGCUUUUAUUAUUUACAUUUUUGUUUAUUAUUUCCAAAUGUAUAUUUUGAUUGAAUUUUGCAGUAUAUGUUAUUUAUCCUCUACAUAUAAAACAUUAAAUUAAUUUUAUGUUAAGGAUUACAUUAAAUUACAGUUAUCUGAAUUCGUGGUCUGAUAUUCUGUAUAUUAAAAAAUAAGUAAAGAAUUAAGUCAAAUUAUACAAUUACUGACCUUAAAAAUUAAUUUCUAAAAUCAUAAGUUUUAAAAUUUAUCAUGUAUUUAUAAGCAAAUAUUUGGAUCCAUUUAUACAAGUGUGAAUUCUGAUUAACUGAGUGAUAAAUUAUAUAAAGUGGAGAGAAUUAAGUAGAUUUCUAUUAUAUGAAUAACUUGCCCAUAUAAACUUGUGUAUUCACUAACAGAUUCAUAUAAAUAGCAUAUUACUGUACAUUUUUAGAUAAGUUUAAAAUUUUAUCAAUGUAAUCAUGACAAUUGUGUUCCAUUAUAGGAUUAGUGAAAUUUUAAAAUGUUUUAUAUAACACACAUAAUACAUAUAUGUACAUACAUGAAAGUUUUCCAUGAUGAUGUACCUCCACCAGGGGCGUAUGAUCCAAAAUUAGAUAGUAAAGUAAAAGGUUUUGUUAUUGAAAAGUCAGAGAGAUUUCAUGACAACAAAAGCGUUGCCAGUGCAGAGUGCAAUGUAUCAGUGUGCACUAAAAAUGCAAGCAAUGUGGCAAUUACUUUUAGAACGCCACAACCACCACGAAAACACAAUCGAGACCAAACAAGAUCAAGUUCAAAAGUGAAGUCACGUGGGCUUAUUACUGCUAACGACCAAAAAUUGAAGUACGAUUCCGAGCAUCAACUUGCUGAUCUUCAAGUAGAAUGUUCCAACAAAGACAGGACGAUACAAGAGCUUGAGAAGCACAUUGAGGACAUGAAGGAGGAAGUACAGAAAUUAGAAUUGCAACUCAACGAGUUACAUAAAAAACAAACAGAAGUAGAGGAGCAACACCGAAAGGACAUAGAAAUAAUGGCUAAAUUGCAACAAGAAAUUUUAAAUGGUUACGAUGAAAAGCAUCAAACCGAAGUGAAGCGCCUUCGUUCUCAGCUUUUGGAAGUUUCAGAGGAGAAAGAACGCGAAAUUGAAGCAAGAAAAGCUAUGGAAGGUGAUCUUAGAAAUCGUAUCGCGGAUUUCUCGAAAAGAAUAGCAGCGUUAGAAUAUGAAUUGGCAGAUAAAAAACACACAAACGUGAAAAGAGUUCAAUCUCUUGAAAUACAAAUUGAAGAACUAACAAUAAAAUUAGAAGAGAUAACAGUAAGUCACAAAUAUGAAGUUGGCUUGCUGGAACAAGAAAAGGCCAAACUUAAUUCAUGUGUUAUUAAUUUAAUGGAGGAACGUGAUAAGUUGGAGCUAAAGUUGCAAAAGCGACAAAAUGUAGUUCUUGAACUACAAGGACAACUAUCUGCCCUUCAAUGUGAAUUAGACGAACUAAAGGGUGAAUAUGAAAAAGUUGUUGAAAAUUUUUCGAAAAAAGUGGGUGAUCUUAGAUAUAAAUAUGAAGAAGAAACUAAUAAAUUGAAACUCGAUUUUGGAAAAGAAAAAAUGAUCCUUAUCAAUGAAAACGAAUUUGAAAUGUCGCGUAGGAUAGAAAUUGAAGCUAAAGUAAAAGAUCUUGACGAAGAAAAUAAUUUUUUGAGAAAAGAACUGGAAAACAUUCAAAAUCUUUCCAAAGAUGUUAAUAAUCGUUUACGUGAGGCGCAUCAAGAAUUAGAAGAUUCACAUAGAAAACACACUCUUAUUUUGAAAAAACAUCAGGAAGAAUUAGGUGAUAUAAUAAAACUUCAUGAUGAAGAAAAAUAUAAACUGAAAAAGCAAUUGGAGGAUGCAAGAUUGAAUUAUAUAAAAGAAAUAGAAAAUCUAACGGUAGCAAGAGACAAAGAAGUAUCAGAAGUAAAAGAAGCUGCGGGCAAAAUGAUCGAAGAAGAAACGAAACGAAUUAAACAACAUGCAGAUAAAUUAGUAACAAAUGCAGAAGCUGUUACGAGAGAAACAUUGGCAGCUUGCCGUACCGAAUGUGAGGAAAGAGUAAAAAGAGUGAUUGCUGAUAGUGACGCGAAAGUAAGCGGGUCACACAUAAAUGCUAUGAUCAGAGAGGCAAAGAUUACUGUGGAGGAAGAAAUGCGACUUACCGCGGAAAGGUAUAAAGCGUGUUUAGCGCGAGUAGAAAUGGAACGAACGGCAUUAGACGAAAAACUGGCGAUUAAAGAUGCUGAAAUUAAUAGACUUUCCGCGACUCUGGAAGAAUUAAAGAACUCUGCAGAAACUCAGGAAAGUUUUGGCCAAAGCUUACAAAUAGAAUUAGAUCGAGCAGAAACUGAACUAGCAGAAAAGAAAGAUGAAUUAAGAGCUCUAAAAGAUCAAAUCCGAGCAGAGGCAGCGGAAAUGGUAGCUAGACGAAAGAGAUUCGAAGUUAUAAUGGCUGAAAAUCAAGCAUCAGUUGCUGCUUUAACUAAACGUUUGGCUCAAAGUAAUGCUGAAGUGGAAAGAUUACAGCAUGAAUUAAAACGUGGUGAAGAUUGCAUAAACGAACAUCGUGAUUUACUGAGUAUUAUGCGCAACAACUCUCAAAUAGUACAUGAACAGGUGCAUGUUUUGAUGGAUCAAUUAGACGCCAAAAAGGGAUUGGUCGAUCAACUCGAAGCUGAAAGUUUAAGCGAAUUGGAAUCAUUAAAAUCUGUAUUCGAAGCUAAAAUCGAUGACUUAAAGAAAAUAGCAACCAGACAAGUUGCGAAAUUACAAGCUGAGAAUGAUGUGAAGACCGCACAAAAUAUUGAGAUGAAAAAUCAGCUUCAAGAAAUGGCUAACCAUCUUGCUGAAGCACAAAGUAUGCUGCUUAAAUUGGAAGAAAGAAACGAUGCUCAAGAACUCGAAAUUUCUCGAGCGGAUAUGCUAAACAACAAAUUUAACGAACAGUUGAAAGAACGUGAAACAGCAAUAGAAGACUUAAAUAAAUUGUUAGAGCAUCAAUCAGAAAUUCAAAAAGUUACCUUAAAUGAAGCAAGUCUGAAAAUAGGAGAACUUUCUGAUAAAAUUAAAUGUCUUGAAGAAAAGGAUAGCCAGAUAUCGAAACAUAAUGAAUUACUCGAAGAAGAACAGAACAAAUGGAGAAGUUUAGAAAAAACGAUUAUAGAAAAGCUUGAAGAAGAAAAAUCUCGCCGAGAAGCAGCUGAAGAUGAAGUGAAAAAGCUUUCCAAAUAUAACGAGCAACUUCUAAAAGAUUAUCAAGAAAUCCAUGAAAAAUACGCUGAAGUUGUUGGUCAUCAUAAUCACAGGCAAAGAAUUAAACAUGUAUCUCAACUGAAAGAUAAAAUCAAUCAACUCGAACAGGAUUUAUAUGCGAAGACGAGGACAAUAGAACAGCAGCACAAGAUGAUAGAAAAAUUGAGAGCAGAAGAAAAACGUGCGCAUAGUAAAGGAAAAGAGAACAUGUUAGGAAUUUCACAGAACACUUUUGCGACACCUAUUCCUUCCCCACAUAAACCACUGACGCCACUAAGGAAUCGGAAUGAUUAGUUUUAAUAUUAGCAUAUUAUUCAUUUAUGAUUAUCAUAAAUGCGAGUUGGUAAUAAUUUACAUUAAUGUUUACAUAAUUUACAAUAAUUUACAUUAAUGUUUAUAUUUUAAGAAACAUAUUCGAAUUACUGCAUCAGUGAUUAAGAUAUUAAGUUUGCCAGAGCUUUAAUAUGUUAAAAUUAUAAAUAUAUAUUAUAUAGUAAAUAGAUCCUUUGUAAGUACUGAUUUUCAAACUUCUAAUAAAUGAAUAAUUUUUGUGGUUAUUAUAAAUACGAUUUAAAAAUAAUUUAAUUAAAGUCAUGUAGUAAUUCUAAAUAAAUAUUUACUUCCUGAAAUACAUAUAAAACACAUACUGUGUACGUCGUGACUGUAUUAUAAUUACUUAUUGAUGUAAUAAUUAUCGACUCGUAUUUAUAAUAAUUUUUGAAUCAGUAUGCAUGAAUUUUUUUAUUAUGAAACAUAUUUAUAACUCUAACAUUUUUAAAUCCAUAACAAAUUUAAUAACUUAAUACAAGAUCUAAUACUCUAUGUAAGGUCAAGUGUUCAGUUUGCUAGGUUCUGUUAAAAGACUGUAAUAAUAAUGUUUCGUUAUAAAGAUUACAUGUUUGAGCGAUAUUGACUUUCUAGACUUAUGUUUAGCUUGUACAAUCGAUAUUAAAAGAAGGAAAAGGAAUUUUAUUUAUAUGACAGAUGUUUUUCCCCGACGUUUCAAUAUAUAUCAAUUACAUAAAUUUUAUUUGUAAUACAUUUUUGUAAUCUAUGACUAUAUAUUGAACUUUGAAAAGUAAUAUUAAAAUCAAUGUAAGUGAACAAGUUCUAUUGCAUGAGUUUCUCGUAUGAGAUUAUAUAUACUGCUGAAAAGAAUCGCUUAUUCUUAUUGAAUUUUAGAUGAAAUAUAUGAACAACAAUUAUGUACUUAA